UUUUUCUAGAACCUCCGAUUCUAAGCGAUGUUCCGAGUACACAUGUAUUCUUCAUAACACAUGACAUGUAUUCUUAGUAUCCGUAGUUCCUUUAAUGUAUAGUCCAUGCAUUAUAUAUUUGCCAAACAAAGCAUUUUUAAAUCCCCACACAUUCUUAGCAUACACGUAAUUUUAAUGCACACAUUAUUGUAACACACCAUUUCCGGAAUCAAAGGUUCCAAACAACCCCUGAUUUCAUAAUUAUUAGAUACGGAUAAUUUUAUUAAUAAUUUAAUAUAAUAUACAUAUUCAACUACAGUAAAUUGUGAAGCACGAAUCUAACAAAGACAUAAAUCAUCGACACAAACACCACAUCCAAAAUCCCAUCAUUUUUUCCUACCAAUAAUGGCCAAUUAUAUCUAUCUACAAGCUGCUUGAUCCUCAAAAUCUUUAUCAUCAUGAGAACACGCAUGCUCUUUUUUUCUAAUCAUUUUUCCCCUUCUUUUUAAUGACGUCAUAUUACCUUCUUCCAUUGGUGUCAAAUUUUGCAGGAAGCAUUAUGCUGUCGAGAGACGAACCGUCCAUCUGUCCAGCUCCCAUUUGAUGGAAAGCCGACGGUGGGCCCCGCAGGCUAAAAGAGCAAAAAAGAGAAAAUGCACAUGUGGGUACUAAAACGAAACUAAACCCAUUAAUGGUGGGCCCUUAUCAUUAAAUGGGCCCCCGGUGUCCCAAAACCCGUGGGCGCGGCCGCAUGGAUAACAUUAAAGUAUUCAUUAAUAAAACCAUGGAUAUUCUGCAAUAAUUAACUAAAUCUAAAUAAUCUAACAUUAAAAAAAAAUAUUUUAAAAAUACAAGAAGAAGAGAGGAAAUUAGGUAUCCACAUAUCAUCCUUAAGCAAUUUGAAGGCAGUGCUUUCAGGUCAACUUCCUUAUCCUCUUGUUCUACUAGACUACUACUUCUUCUAGGGUUAUUUUGUUCUCUUUCCCCUCUAGGAGGUCUUGAAUCUUGAUAGAUAUACAGAAGAAGUGAACAUCACUCAAUGAAUUAGAUUCCUAUAUAUCUAGUGAGAGUUCUAAACGAUCUUAAAUCGAUACAGGGAUCGCAACUAACUGGAGGGUGCUUAUCCAGAAAGAUUUGGUUGUUGUUAUGCUCCCAGCUAAUCCAGCAUGUUGCCAUCCACCCCCUGUACCAAGCGUCUUGAUCAUACCAGCAAUAUCACCGUAGUCGGGCUAACUCAUAUUUUCCAGAGAGAGUAUUAAUGUUUGCGGUUGAUAACCCGACCCACCAAAUUCAAAGAUGUGAUGACGUUAUUGACAACCGUAUUGAACUAAUGAUAAGCUGUUACUUGUUCAUUGACUUAUUUGUUUAAAUUAUGGCAACAAUUUGGUCUGUGUAUUAAAUUAUGGAUAAAACCUAAAUCAAUUUCUUUUGACCUUAUCGCACACAAAGGGUCAAAACGGAGGCAUAUUUUGGAAUGAUGAUGUCUAUUUGGAUCAUAUUUUGUGCUGUUUGUUUUACCAUUUGUGGAAAUCCAAUUAGGGAUAAGUUUUAUAGCCAGCUAGGUUAUGUUUGUCGAUAGUAAUCUCUCUGUUUAUCUUUUGGGUUUGGCCCUAACAUUAAUUAUUAACAUACAACUGUCUAAAAUGAUUCUUCUAACUCUUCAACCGGCCGGCAGCUUCCACAAAAGAAAGAGUAGUAGAUCCCACUUUUGUUCUUUAUUCAAAAUAAAGUUUUAAUUAAUUGAUUAAGUGGCCACACAAGUCAAAUGUCUCUUGCUUUUGUCCAUUACCAAAUUUGUGAUUUACUAAGUGGAAUUUAUCUUAAUUGGAAAAAGUACUUAUACUUCAAAAAAAGUUAUCUUUUCUAGAAAUAAAAAUAAAAUUGAAACUAUUUAUGUAAAAAAGAAACAAAUUCAAUUUCCUCCAAUAUCUUAACUAUUUUUGGCCCUUCCAACUCUGAAGAGAAUAAUAUGCAUUCUUCAAAUGAAAAUAACAAAUUUCGAACAGUUAGAAAUUUAAAGAGUGCUAAUUCGUCGCCGGUCAUCAUAAACCAAUAAACCGUAUAUGAUCAUAUAGAUAAUAGAAAGAACAAAAGAGCACUUCGUUUCGAUUAUUCUUAUCUUUUUUCAGUACAUGAUCGAUUAUUAUGUUGCGACAAAGUAAUUAGACUUUCAAGGAGACAGAUUUUGAUCUCAAGAACUUCAUAAUUUAUUUGAUGCCCCAUCAAAAGAGUACCAGCAUGCAAUACUUGUGUUACAGUCGCUUGCAACCAUUUGGACGUCGCAUGAUAUUUGCCUUACACGAUUUUUCAGUUCCCAUUCACAAACACGUUCUUAGUAAAGUCGUUAGUGUAUCAAGGGAAACACAUGUUCGUAUCCGCUAGAUCAAUAGUUUUGCGGCAUUUAGAAGCUAGCGAUUGUAUUGCCAACUUAUAAUGAUCGAAACCACUACAAUGUGAGAGUAAUGAGAAGAUAUCAUAAUGCAAGUUUUGCGCUAAAGCCGCCUAUGCUGCUUGCAGCCAUUUUGGACGUCUUCUAUCGCAUAUUAUUUGUUGUUAUGCUACUAAGGGAAACACUUUUUCAUCUCCACCAAAUAAAUAGCUUUGCGGCAUCUGCAAGUCGGCGAGUGUAAUGCAAAACAUACUAAUCGAAAUCACUACAAUGUGAGAGUAACGAGAAGAAGAUUACAAAACAAAAACAGAACUGCUUUGAUUGGCGAUUGCCAUGCUCUUUAUUUGCCUGACACGAUCUUUCAGUCCCCAUCGCAAGCCCGUUCUUUAGAUCUAGAGAUAGCAGAAGUAUUCAAAUUUAUUGUAGAAUGCAGGCCACAAUCCAUGUAUCAUAAAGUCGUUAGGGUACCAAUGAAAACACAUAUUCGUCUCUGUCAGAUAAAUAGCUUUGCGGCAUAUGGAAGUCGACGACUAUAAUGCCAACACAUAAUAAUCGAAACCAUGAGAAUAAUGAGAAGAAAGAUAAAAAAGCAAAAAUAGAACUGCUUUGAUUGUCAUGCUCUUUGUUUGUUACUCUUUUUCCGAGAAGGAAUGAAUACUCGAUAUUUCAUUGCACUUCCACUACUCUCUCUUAUAUACAAGUACAACAGCUUGUGCAGGCAACAUUCUAACAACCUAAUUUGCAAGUAAAAUAACAUAUUUACAAGCAAAGAAUUUUUCUACCUGUUAAUCCGAGUCACAAAGACUAUAUAUAUUAAUAUGCUUUGAACUUUUAGUGUGGUAAACAAUUAUUUUGACGAUUUUGUUGAGAUUCUUUCAUUGCAAAUAUGUAUUCAGUUUUCUUUUAAUGGGAAAUAUGUAUCAAUGUGGGUAAUAAUGAUAAUAUGGAAUUCGUAAUCUCGUUGUGAAUUUGUGAUUAAUGUUAAAUGAUAUUGAUUGUAGAAAUACACAGAUUCACCCUAAACUUAAGAAUUCUUUUACAUUUAAUUGAUACAUCAAAUUACGUAUUAAGGAUGCUUUAGAAACAAAAUUGAGCUAAAAUGUUAAAUUGAAGAGUUACAACUUACAAGUAGGUAGCCUGACUAGUUGAAGGGUUGAUUGUUUUAUUUAUCAGUAGGGGUCAUGGUUCCGAACCGGACAUAAAAUUAUCGGUCCAUAUAAUGUGGUAAUCUUUGGUCCUAUGUAAAAUUAUAUCCCGUGAUAUAAAUGUGUAUCAUAGUGAUGUUAAUAUAGUAGAGUCUAGAAAUAUAUUAAUGAUCAUUUAACACUUUUCAUCGUCUACCACUUGUUAGCACCCUAUAUCAGGAUGGUAUAUUUGGUUUUGAAACUUUUAUACCCAAAAAUUUAUAAUGCAAUAGAUCAGGAUGAACUCGUUGCUUCUAGUUAAAAUUUCAAAAUUCGAGUUAAAAACGAAGGUGGUACUAGGGUGGUAUGAAGAAAAAAAAUCCAAAAUAUAUUGAAAAUCAAUAUAAUUUUGUAGAUCACAACGAACUCGUUCCACCUGUGAAAAAAUUGAAAUAUGAUUAAAAGAAGUUAUAAGCCUUUUUGAAUAGUCUAAUCACAGUAUAGUGUUGAACAAGUAGGGGGUAACAAUUGAGUUUUAUGGUGACAAACUAAAUGGAGUAGGUAAUAGUGAUUCUACUGUUGUUAAAAAAUAUGCUAGACACGCUCAAUUGGAUGAACUUUUUCAAUUAGAUCUGCUACUUUGAAAUCAGACGAAGUUUCUUGCAGAGUGGAACCAUCCAGUAUCCUAUACAUGAUAGAUCUUUCAAAGAACAUGAGGGUUUUUUUCCUUCGAAUAAGCCAAUUCAUUUGGGAUCCUGUAGAUCCACUCUUUUUUUCUUAUUCAAAGAUCAACCUUUUGUCUCUGUGUCUUCACAUCGAGAAUUCUUUACAGAUGAAAAGAUGUCUUCUUACAUCACAAACAAACCCUCCUAUGAACAAUGGUUCCAAUUUUAAAAAAAAUAGAAAGAAAAAAAAAUCUUUCAAUUUCACCUCUUUGGAUAUAAAUCUAUUUAAAAUCAAUGACCAACAAUUACAUUUAUUUUAUUAAUGGUUUUUUUUUACCUGAAUUAGGAAAAAGAGCAUAUGAGAAAUUAAAGAAAGUAAAUGUCAUUACUUUAGGAGCCAAAGGAUAACGACCGUUUUCUCCCUCUCUUCUUUCGCCCCCUUUUUUCUUUUUCUUUUGCAGGCAACAAAAAAAAAGAAAAAGAAAGAUGGUGGUGGUGACUAGGAUUUUGGAUAUGUCUUCCCAAUAUACACUACUGCCCACGAUCUUAUCCUCUCCCCUCUCUUCCUAGUAAUAUGGGAGCACCCACAGAAUUAAAUACUUAUUAUUAAUUAUAAUAAUCCUAAUAAAUAAAUAAUAAUAAGUUAAAUAACAGAAGAAAAUAGGAAACCCCUACCCAGCCAUACACUUCCCUCAAAGAAGAUGACGAUGACAAAUCACAAUAAGAUAAAUAUUUAUGAAUUUUCAUUAUUAAACAAAGAAAAUGAAAUAUUUGUCAAUUCCAUGACAUAUAUAAAUAAAAAGCAUUAUCCUUUGCUCCCAAACCCACCAAAUAUUUCUGUUUAUGUGUCCCCUUUCUUCCAUUCCAUUCUGUGUAUGCUCUCCAGGUGCAUUCUUCCAAGCCUCUCAUCACAAAUUCCUACAAAGAAAAUAAUAUCACAAGCAGAAAGAAAAGAAAAAAAUCCAAUCCAGUCUCUGUUUUCUCUCCCCAAUCUUCUGUAUUCUCCUUGAUUUCUUGUCAGAACAAAUUCCAAAAAAAACAUGGGGGAAGUUGCAGGAAAUCGCCAUGAUCAGGCUUUCUUGGGCGGGUUGAAUUUGAUGAAGGAGGGGAAGAAGAGAUGGGCAAUGGAGGAAGACAAAUUCUUCUUCGAAUCAAGAUCUGUUCUUGGCUGUAGUAAUAAUCAUAAGAACGAAGAACAGCCAACUUCAUCACAAUCAUCCAUUGGUUCCCCUUCUCUCGACACGACGUCGUCUUGCUUCUCCGAUGAAGAAGAAGACGACGAUGCGUCGUCUUCCUCUUGUUCUCCUAUGGGCUCGGCCUCGUCCUCCAAUUCCUCGUCUUCUUCCACAUUGGCUGCCAAGAACAUGAAUGACAGCAGCCCUCUUUACGAGUUGUCAGAGCUAAUGUCCCAGCUCCCAAUCAAAAAGGGCCUGUCGAGAUUCUACGACGGGAAAUCGCAGUCGUUUGCGUCGCUAGGGAGCGUGCAGAGCUUGGAAGAUCUGGUGAAGAAGGUGCCGUCGGGGAGGAUUCUGAAGAUGAAGUCGAAGUGCAAGAGCUUCUGUUGGGGCUUGGAGAGGCAGAAGAAGCACUGCUAUGGCCCGAAACCGGCCAUCUCCAAGAAGGGUGGAGGUUCAAGUUCCAGAGUUUCCUGUUUUUCUUCACUCGCGAAAACGCCUUCUUCUUCUUCUUCUUCUGCUACCGCUUCCUCUGUACAUCAAACGAGCUACUUGGUUUGAGAGAGUGUGAAAUCCAAAUCAAACCCAUGUUCAGGUUUAAAUUUUGGCGGAUUGGGUCUUCGUUGUAUUGCCCUAAAGGUAUCGGCUUUAUAGCAAAGCACCACCGGUGGUAGUAGUAGUAGUGUUAUGAUCAUGUUUAUAUGACUGAUCAGGUCUCUAAUUAGGAGGGUAAGAAAAACCCAGAAAGAGAAAAGUGAUUGAUUGUUUGAUAACUUACUUACUUACUUACUGACCUAACAGAGAGAGAGAUUUUAUGGUUUCAACGGAAGGGAAGUUUUCAUGUUGUUCAUUGAUUUAUGAAAAGGGUAUUCUUUUCUGUAUUUUUCCUUGUUAUCCUUGUUUCGGUUUCAAAACUGCAAAUCAGAUCUAUACUGAAAGAGACCAAAUCCAGAUGCCUUGCAUUGCAAGCUUUGUGUGGCGUGUAGACGGUCCUCUCCUUUUAGGAAGAGUUUCCUUUUUUUUGGUUCAUGAGGUGGGAGAGUUUAGGGGGAUUUGGUUUCUUGAUGGAGUCACAAAUUCUCUCAUUGACUUUGACUCCCAAUAUUAGGAAUUUUCAACGGACUCCUCCUAAUCUUGCUACUCUGCUAGUAUGGAAGAAAGAAGGCUGAAAAUGGAAACCAACUAGUGUACAUAAUCACUAUUUAAAGUUUAAAAGGUUAUACAUUUACGGUUUCAGAUUACCAAAACAACUCUAAACAGAAUCGUGAUUUAGAUCCCCUCGGAGUUUCUUCUUUGCAAUUUGCCCCGAACAAUUUGGAUUUUUGUGAGGAGUUUUUGUUCUUUCGUUUGUUGUCCAACCAUGAAUGAGGAAUUGGGCAAAUGGGAAUCCAUGGCCUGCCCCAAAACCAAAAGUGUUGCGGUGUCCUGACCCAAAUUUUGUCAAAAUAAGGGUACCAUAAAGAACAAAGAAGGAACCAUUGUCGGCAAGGGAGACAUUUCAACCGCCGAGAAAAUGAUGUGAUGAUUGGUUAUUUAUAGCAUAGUGGUGCUAGCAGUGCACAAUUGUUCUUAAUUUCAUCAUUGAUUUAGUCAUACCUGUUUGAGUUUUGACAAAUUCGUAACUUUUGGGGAUCUGAUGAUGAUAGUUGGAGUGCAAAGCGUAUGAACAAACUUUUCAAACCGAA